AUGAAAAUUGCCCUAUGUGUGGAAUUCAGCAUGCUGGCUAUCCGUAAAAGACGUAGAAGACCUCAGCAGGAUGCUGAAGAUAACAUCAUAUUUGAAACUGAAAAGCCUGGUCUUCAAGAGCAGUACAUCAGCAAAUAUAAAGGCCGUGGCGUUUUCACCACUGAAUCUUUCUGCAGAGGAGACUUUGUUCUUGAAUACAGAGGUGAACUUCUGAGUUCAAAGGAGAGUCUUGAACGAACUAAAAACUACACUGAAACUGAGAGCACAUUCUUGUUUGAUUUUCAGUGGCAUGGAAAAUAUUGGUGUAUGGAUGCAUCCAAGGAAGACAAGUCCCUGGGAAGACUUGUCAACGAUGAGCACAAAAAUCCAACUUGCAAAAUGAGAACUGUUGAAGUGAAGAAAAAGCCUCAUCUUUGUCUAUUUGCUGUACGAGACAUUUUACCAGGUGAAGAAAUCACUUACAACUAUGGCGACUCGGACUGGCCGUGGAGAGCCAAGUCUUUAAAUGAACCGUCAACAGAAUCCAGUGAUGUAAAAUCAGUCAGCAGUUUGGGCCCACAGAAAUCGCAGCGGUUUCAAUCAAGAAUGUCAAAGUUGCGACAACAUCAUGAAGAUUGUUAUAAUCGCUUUAAAAGAGCAGAGACUGAGAGGAAUGAGAGUGAAAAGAAACAUCUCAAGCUAUUGCAUGAUCAGGUCACUAAACAGCUGUCACAAAAAGAUUGCUCGCUGUCCCCGUCACCCACUGAAGUAUGCACAUCUGAUACACCAUCACAUUCACCACUUAAUGUGCCGCAAUCCUCAUCACCUUUGCCCUGUGCUGCAUCCACCGCAGGGAAUGGCUUAUCACAGGAACCUGAGCCUGUCUCAUUAAGGGAGUACUCAUGGAAAGCCCUCAGUGAUUCAGAUGUUACAGACUACAGCGAUGUUGACUAUGUACCCAAGAGCAGCUCAGACGAAUCAGAUGAUAGUGCUUCUGGAUAUAGCAUGGUUGAAAGUAGCUUAGAUGAAGCUAAUGAAAAGACUUCUGGAAAAGGUAUGGUCAAAAGUUCUCUGAAAAAUCCAACUUCACCUUUUUCACAAAGCUAUAAAGAUACAAGCAGUUCAUCAGACACAGGCGUGACAACACCAUCACCAAAUGCUAAAGUGCAAUGCAAAACCAAAGAGACAGACCCCUCUUCUGAAGAUAGGUCUUUUAUUCAAUCAAUGCCAUCACCUGUGCAGGAUCGCAAGUCAUAUAAGAAGCAGUAUUGUCUUUAUUGCUCUAAGCCUUUUUCAAAAAUGGCAAGACACCUUGAAUCUGUCCAUCGCAAUGAAGUGGACGUUGCAAAGGCAGUUGCGUUUCCAAAACAUUCUAAAGAGAGGCGAAUCCAGUUAAACCUCCUUAGAAAAGGGGCAACUUUGCCCACAACACAGAUGUGGCAAGAAAUGGACAUGGAGAGAUGGUUGCCUGCUACCGUCCAAAAGAGAGCAAAAAGCCAAGGAUUUCAUUCACUGUGUUUACUGCCAAGGGCUUUACAACAAGCGUAG